UAAGCAUUGAAGCGGAAAAGCUAAAAACAAAGAAUUUUAGCUCUCAGGAAAACAGCACCCACACAAAAGACUUAAAAAGCAAACUUGUUUUUGGGCCAUGGGCUAAACUAAAUUAAAACGCUGACGAAAUCGCUAUAAACAUGAUUCAGCUACGCCUGCGCAGUCUCGUUCUGCUGCAUUUUAUAGCCCUGGCCAGUUCGGAAUAUGUGUAUGGCGAACCGGAGUUCAAGUGUCCCAAAAAAUCGAAUGUCUUGUACCCCUGCGAAUGUGUAAAGGGCAGCGAUAAUGGUCUCUACAUACGCUGUGAAAAUACCAAUUUGGCCACUCUUUCCGUGGCCCUACAGAAUUUGGCCUCUUUUGAAAUGCCCAUCGAGGAGUUGACCAUCUACAAGGGACAUUUCGUACGUCUAUUUGGUCCUCUGUUUGCCCACAUCAAAGCGCGUUUGCUGAUCAUUGAAGAAACCCCACUUACCACCAUUGAAGAUUAUGUAUUCUAUGGAGUGAACAAUACUCUGGAGCAACUGCACCUAAUCCGCACAAAUCUAAGCCACGUAGGACCUCUGGGAUUUGGUAUCCUUGGAAAAACAAAGGAACUGGUAAUCGAUGGUCAUGCCUUUGAGCAACUGCCCAAGGAUCUGUUUGCUGGCCAGGAGAUCGCCAAUAGUCUGGGAAUCAUCCGGGUGACCAAUGGAAACCUGAGUGAUCUGCCUAUAGAGACUUUCCAGCCCUUGCGAAAACUAAAAACCCUUGAUUUGCAUGGCAAUCAGUUGGAGAACCUGAAACGCAAUCAGUUCAAGAACCUAAGAGAACUAGAAGUCCUGGAUAUCAGUCACAACAAGAUAAAAAAGCUGGAGGCACAGCAUAUAGCUGAUCUCACGAAGAUGGGGUGGUGCAAUGUAUCCCACAAUGCGCUAAACGAACUUAGUCGCGGAACCUUUGCCAGAAACUCUGUGCUAAAAGUGCUCCAUUUGUCGCACAACAAUAUUUCCCGACUGGAUGCCAAUAGUUUCAGGGGAAUGCGUUUCCUGCGACGACUUUUCCUAAGUGAUAAUGUGCUUACCGAUAUUGGACGAGGUACUUUUGGUUCAAUUGCCCGCAUUGGAACCAUAGAUUUGGCACGAAAUCAGCUGAAGAAAGUCGAGUACCAGAUGUUUACGCAGAUGAACUAUGUGGAGUUGCUUGAUUUGGCAGAGAACAACAUAACCAAAAUUGAAAAGAACUCGUUUAAGGAUAUUUACCAGGCUGUCAUAAACGUUUCGCAUAAUGCUUUGGAACUCAUAGAAACAGCUGCCUUUGAGAACUGUGUGAACAUUACGGUUCUUGACUUGUCCCAUAAUCUCUUGACCAACUUUUCGCGACGCAGCUUCGAUGAGACCACUUUUGCCACCUAUUUUCAGCUAAGCUACAAUAACUUUACCAAUUUGGCGCAGAUUCCCCUUCAAAAUAUGACGGGAUUGAAAGUACUGAAUGCUUCGCACAACAACAUAGCUGAGAUACCAAAAAACUGUUUCCCGAAGCUCUACGAACUGCACACCAUUGAUGUUUCACACAACAACAUCUCGAGCAUUUUUAAUGGAGUUUUUCAAACCCUCUUUUCGCUACGAUCCCUUGAUCUGAGUUAUAAUAGCAUGCGGGAGAUCAAGUCCUCCACUUUUGGCACUUUGCCAACGCUGUUGGAGAUGAAUCUCAGUCAUAAUGGAUUGGUUAACGUAGUGCGAGGUUCACUGGCCAAGUUGACUAGCAUGCGGCAGUUGUACUUGAAUAACAAUCAGUUGGAUAAACUCUUCCAGCUGCCCAUUUCCCUGAAUGAACUGCAUUUCAGUCAUAAUCUACUGAAUGAAAUACCGGCGAAUACCUGGCCGGUAAUGAACUCGCUUAUCUACUUGGAUCUCAGCCACAAUCAACUGGGUGAUAGUCUGAAUGGACAAAGUUUUACGGGUCUGCUGGUCGUGCAACGUUUGAAGCUGCAGAACAAUGGAAUUAGCCAGCCACCAUUGGAGGCAGUAGCUGUGAUGUCAACACUGCAGUAUUUAUAUUUGGAGAACAAUAAUAUUACCACCCUCGAGCGCAGUGCCUUUGGCAAGCUGCCAGUGCUGUUUGAGUUAAAUCUGUAUGGAAAUCAAGUCAAGGACAUAAGUAAACGAGCUUUUGAGGGUCUGCUGCAGCUGCUCACUUUAAAUCUUUCGUCGAAUGGUAUACAGCAGCUGCAAAAUGACAUUUUCAUUGGUCUACCCUCACUGAGAAAUCUGGAUUUGUCCUUUAAUUACCUCACCAAAUUGGACAACAAAACCAAUGGCGUGCUCGAUGACUUACUCAGCCUGGAAACCUUGGAUUUGAGUCACAAUCGUAUAAGUUUCGUGACAAAGAAGACUUUUCCCUCGCAUCAGUGGAUUCCGUACAAUCUGAGGAACCUCAACCUGAGCUACAAUCAAAUGCCCGUGCUUACUUAUGAUAUUACCUUUGGUACCAAGAAGCUGUAUACCUUGGAUGUGUCCCACAAUCAGAUCAACGAUCUGAGGAGAGGAGUUAUCUCGAAUUUCACUUCAUUGCGAAGUCUGGACAUGUCCUAUAAUGAGCUGGCAAAUCUGGCAUCUGAGGAGCAUAUUUUUGACCUUCCACAAAAUCUGAGCAGCCUGGAUCUGUCCCACAAUCAAAUCUACCAUUUGCCCUUUGCCAAUCUGGUGAAAGUAAGCUCUCUAAAACAUGUUGAUCUAACCAACAAUAGUUUGGAGGAUGUUCCCGCUUCGAUAGUUGGCAGCAUGCGAAAUGGCAGCCAAGUGCUUCUUGCUGGGAAUCCUCUGCAUUGCGGUUGUAAUCUACGUCCACUGAAGUACUUUAUGCUGCAGCAAACGUCACCUGGCGAGGAUUUGCAGAGUAUCUACUGCAACACACCAGCUAUGAUCAAGGACAAGCAGCUUAUCUCGCUGGAAGAUGAGUAUCUGCACUGCGCCGAGGACGAGCGGGAGAUGUACAAGGGCUUUGACUAUGAACAGCUUACAGAUGUCCGUUUCCGUGAAGUGAAAACCACCAAAAGUGGCCUGUUGACCUUAAGUUGGUAUGUUUCCGGCACUUCAGACGUCGCCGACUUCCAAGUUUAUAUCCGUAGCAGCAGCAACGAGGUGCUGCACCAGUCGGAUUAUGCAUACAACAAUCGAACUGCCCAAAUUCCAGUGGAAGAAAUAGCGAUUCUUGGAGAAGAGAAGCUGCGUGCCGCCGAGAUAUGCAUAGUUUCCCGGGAUAGCGACGGCAACACGCGCAAGUGGUUCUCCGGUCAGUGCCAGCAGCUGCCAUCCCUCAAGCGUCCCCGUACCUUCUUCUUCGGAAACUUUCAGGUCAGGGGAGGAGUGUCCAGAACUUCCAGCAGUCUACCUCACUGUCUUUUGUAUAUAAUACUCGUUUUGUUUGUGGCCCGUUUGUAGUCGGCAUAGAUCUAU